UUUAAAAAAGCUUCCUCCGAUUGCUCUCAGGGUCUUCGGGCCGGUCCUUACCCUAAGCAAUGCCGCCCGCUCCUCUCCGUCCCGCCCCCGCUUGUUGCUGGCGGAUAUGCAUCUUCUAUUGAUGAUAUUUUGGAAGAUGAAGAACAUUAUGCGGAUCAGUUAAAGGAGUAUCUUUUUUAUGCAGAAGCAUUGCGAGAGUUUGUCAAAAAUGCUUGGGCUGAUAUUGAACGCUUCAAAGAACAAAAGAACCAUGAUUUAAAGGAGGCCCUCAUCAGCUACGCAGUCAUGCAGAUCAGUAUGUGCAAAAAGGAAAAUAACAGUAAUCACUACCUCAGACAACAUGACCCCAUAAGAACCUUAUCAAAGUUGGGUACAUGUGGUAGACAGUAUAAUACACUAGAAAUGAAUAUGGACAUGAGUGAUAAAAGUGAGGAAAACACACAUCUCUCCACAAGUGGCUCCAAAGGAAUUGUAACUAAAAGUCAGAAAAUUAAGAGAGUCCCGGGCACUCGGAGAAUCCGGGCAGCCCCCGGCUGGAGCCAUGUCCCGGAACCUGCGCACUGCUCUCGUUUUCGGUGGCUUCAUCUCCCUGAUCGGCGCCGCCUUCUACCCAUCUACUUCCGGUCCUUAAUGCGGCUGGAGCAGUACAAGAAGAACAAACCAUUAAUCGAGCUGUUGAACCAGAGCUCUCUGAAGUUAUCCCUCUAUCCAAGCGCCGACCACCCACCCACGUGCCCUAUGGGCACUUACCUGGGCAGGCCCUGCCCCUCACCCCCACCCCGGGCUCUGGGGGGCCAGCACCUGCCAGGACGGCUCGGCUGCCCCCAGCCCGAUCCCCGCCCCCGCCGGUUUUCCGUGGCCGGCCCAGGUCACCCAGCUGUCCGUGCCCCGCUGUCCACUCGCAGGCCAGCCCACAAGUAUCCGGUGACUCUGCAUCUGCGCUUUGUCCGAGCGUCUCUGAGAUGGUGGUGUAUGAUCCCGCAGGCCCUGCGCUCCUUCCUGGGGGUCCUCACCUCCCUCUGCAGGCGACACCAUCAGAGGAAGGCGGUGCUGGGUGCUCGCAUCUCCACGAUGUGCCGCGGCUCAGCGUCCGCAGUGGGCACGGUCCCUGGGUGUGGUGGGCGCCAGCAGCAGGUCACCCCCGUGCCGCCCACCACACUCAGGUGUGCCCCGGGCUCCUGCACAGAGAAGACGGUGAGGAGCGCCCUGGGAGAGAGCGGGAAGGGGCUGGCCCAGCAGGAGGGAGACCCCGCAUUCAGACAGAAGGACCAUCAGAAAGGGGGUCCCGAUGGCUCUCGGGGUGCACGGUCAACAUUUAGGCCCUUUGGGGCCCGGGGAGACUUCUCUGCCUUCGUGCCCAGGCCUGGGCCUCUGCGGAGAAACCUCCACGCCGAGAGCUCGGUAGACACAUCCGCCGAGAAACUCCAGACCUCUUGUGUGAGCUCCUGCCCCCAAAGAAACGCCAUCACGAGCUCCCACAGCUCCACCCGAGGUUUCCCGCCAGGGCAGAGGAGGACGGGCCCCCGCAUGCCGCGAGGGCUGCCCCGGAGGUCCUCGAGGAAAGCGAGCGACGGGGGCCCGGCGCCGCCCUGUGCCGCCCCGGUGGCUUCCCAGAGCAACAGCCGGCCUGAGGACGCGGAAGCUUCCAGGGGGCAGAAACGCACCUGGGAGAAUGGCCCCCCCACAUCGGACAGUCCCAGGCCCGGAAAACGCAGGUUUCCUCUGCUGCCGCGCAGGCGAGGGGAGCCGCUGAGGCUGCCCGCACCCCCUGAGCUGGGUUUCCGAGUCACCGCCGGAGACCUGGACGCGGAGAAAGCAGCGGCGCUCCGGCGCAUCAACAGCGCGCUGCGGGAUGAGACCCCGUCCCCGCAGCCCUACCGUCCCUUCCCCGCACCGGCCGACCCUCCGGUCCCCGGCAGGGCUCCUCGGCCCGAGAGAGGCCAGAGGGAGUCGGCCUCCCCAGCGCCAGUAGACGCCCGGGAGUCUGCUGGAGGGGCCCCCGCUGCGCAUCCUUGGUCAGGGGGAAGGCACGGCUCCUCCCGGCCCCUGUCUCCCCGGUCCCAGCCCCUCCCGGGCCCUCCUUCCCACUCACGGCCCCCCGGCCCUUUCACCUUGCCCACCCAAGCUUCCUCCCCAGGAUCGGGCAGCGCGAGCCUGAAUGCUCGGCCGCCAAGCCCCUCGGCCCCUGCUUCGGCCCCCGCAACAGGCACGGCGGGUGCGAGGGGAAGCCCGGCUCCGGCCUGGGCCCCGGGUUCGGCUUGGCUUCCCGGCUUCCAGAGGCCCGUCCGGGGGCCUCUUAGGAGCGCGGCAGGAGGAGGAGGCCUUUGCCAGCCCCCGGCGUGGGGCCCGGCUGCGGAAGAUGCCACACAGGCCUUCCCUGCAGCGCCGGGCUCCUCGGGCUUGGGGUCCCCCACACCCAUGUGCCUGGACUCUCCUGUCUUCACCCGCCAUAGCCCCCCUCCCGUAUCUGAUCCUCAAUCCCUGCUCCCCAUCGGCCAGCUCAUCAGCCAGCUCAUCGGGUUUUCUCUCCAAACCAGACCCUCACCCUGCACAUCUGGGGGCCUGACUCCCCACCCCGCUUCUGACACUCAGGUCACCCCCAUGGACACCAGUCCACCCUCCCCGUCUCCCCUCUUCGGGUCUCCCCCUGGAUCCAGCAGGAGCCUCUUCCCAUCUUCCCAGGCCCUGCAGACACCCCCCAGGGACAGCGCGGCCUCUGCCACGGUCAGCACCAGCCUGCCUGGACUCCGGUUCAGCUGCUCCUCUCACACCAGAGCCCCGGCCCAGCCCACCUCUGGGGUCCCUGAUGUGCAGCAGCGCCGAGCCCCCGCCUGGGGCCACUCACCACACUGUGGAAACCCGGCAGCUCCAGCCCUAACGGGGAAUCCAACCUCUGCUCCAGGCCCCCCAGCUCCACCCACCAACUCCCCCAUGGGCACCCGUGCCAGCACCCAGCCGGCCUCGGCUGCAUUCCCAGCUGGCCCAGCCCCUGCCGCUGCCACCUGCGUGCCCCAGGCCGUGCCCAGUGCGGGGCCCCGCAGCGGGCCGCGCUGCCCAGCAGUCAGUGGAUCACACACAGCCCCCUGCAGGCCGGGGGGCUCGGCCGCACCUCGGGGCGUUGGAAGUGGAGCGUCCGUCCUGGAUGUCAGCUGCCUCUUUGCUGCUCUCAGCCUUUCAACACAGAGAAGGGGAGCCCGGAGAACCACACACAGCAGAGCGGGAAGAGUGGCCCAGAACACCGGGGCCUUCCUGGCCAGAGCCCCCCCAUGGUGA